CUUCGCCAUUCGUUCCUCGCUGACGAUCGUCAAAAGACGAGCCUUCUCCUCCUUAGCACGAAGAAGAGCUUCAGAUUCGGUCUCUGCUCGGGGCAUAGACGCUUCACGAGUCAGUUCUUUUUCCGCAAGUUGUGCUUCAGCAGCCUUUAACAGCUGUUCAAGAUGAACAACAUGCUCUUGCAGACGAGCUCUCGCAGUCUGCUCUGUUUUAAGCUGCGAAAGUACAUGCUGGUGAGCUGUCUGAGCUUCAGCAAGCCGCACAGACAGCUGCUCAGAAGCAGCAGCAGGCGCAGUGCCAUUUCGCAUUGGCGUACUAUUAUUUGGACCCUCACUCGCAUCAGCCGUGGGUGUCGCGACAGGUUGAUCUCCAGCAUCGUCAGCAUCACCACCACCGCCAGCAGUAAUCACACCACUCUGAGGAGUGAACGAGUCUGCCACAAGCUGAUUGGUGGCGGCAAUUUUUCGAAACCAUUCAAGCCCUUCACCACUGCCCUGUGGAGUGCCGGGAUGGUCACCCUCCAUGGCAUGGGCUUUGCUAAGCCACUCAGCUGCCUUGCUGAGACAAGCAUUGGCUUGUGCAGAGUUUGGGACCAAACGCCUCGCCCGCGUAGUCUGUAGGUGAGCCAUGAGAAGCAACAGUGGUUUGAUUGGAGAGGAAGCUAAACCAUAAGCAAGAAUGUCAAUCCUCAGCUCCAGAGCUUUCACGACCGAGCAGAA